UGCAGUACGCAGUUGCUACGUGAAACAAAAAUCUAACAAAGAAAAUGUCUGGACGCGGUAAAGGUGGCAAGGUUAAGGGAAAGGCAAAGUCCCGCUCGAAUCGUGCUGGUCUUCAGUUCCCUGUGGGCCGUAUCCACCGUCUGUUGAGGAAAGGAAACUAUGCCGAACGUGUUGGAGCCGGAGCACCCGUCUAUCUGGCGGCUGUGAUGGAAUACCUCGCGGCUGAAGUGUUGGAAUUGGCAGGAAACGCUGCCCGUGACAACAAGAAGACCAGAAUCAUCCCGCGUCAUCUGCAGCUGGCCAUUCGCAACGAUGAGGAGUUAAACAAGCUGCUCUCCGGAGUGACCAUUGCUCAGGGUGGCGUUCUGCCAAACAUCCAGGCUGUACUACUGCCCAAGAAGACCGAAAAGAAGGCUUAAAUCGAACGCUGAACUCACUUUUAUACAAACCGUCCUUUUCAGGACGACCACCAUUUUGUGAUAAAGAAAAAAAAAAUGAAAUAGUUUACUUUGUUGUUCUAGUAUUAGUGAAAUAGUUUUAUUGUGAGAAUUUUUCUAAACCUUUUGGUAAGCCUAUUGGAAAUUCAAAGUCGUAUAAAAAUCAAUGGAGCCUUAUGUAAAUUCUAAGUAAUCCUCCCACGCAAUGUAAUGUUGUAUACAUCCUACCUAACCUAAACCUAUUAAUCUGUGCAAGUGUUUGCCCGUAUUUCUGUCAAGUUUGAUUAUAUUGUAGCGUUAAUUCACAAAUAUUAUAGUUCGCGAUACAAUGUUUUAGGUUCAAUAUUUCCGGAGAAAAUCAUGGUUAAUUAGGGUGACCAAACGUCCUGGUUUCCUAGGACAUGUCCUGGUUUUGCAUUGACUGUCCUGGGAAGUCGAGGAAAAUGCCUGAUUUAUCCUGGUUUUUUUCCUGUAAGCCU